AUGAGCUCUGGACGGGAUGUCGUCGCUCGCGACUUUGAGUCACCACAGCGUUCGGGCGACGGCGUACGACAUAGGAAAGUCUCGCGCACUAAUACUGUGACGACUUAUCAUGAACCCGAUAGCCAACCUGCGGGGGAAAACUGGCAACCCGGAGCGGAACCUGGUGUCGACACUUCGGCGGAAGACGACAAGAUUCCUGCGCACUUGACCAGCUUGAAGGCACAAUGCGAUAUCAACAUUAUUGAUUUUUCGGAUUUGGAAGUCAGGCGGAUGUCAGCGGACAAUGCGUCUUUGGCGCACUGCUUGGAGGCACCACGAACGGAGGACCUGCCCUGUCGUUGGAUCUCUGUCAACGGGCUCAGUUGGGACGUCAUCAAGAUUCUGGGAAACAAGUACCAUCUUCAUCGGCUAUCUAUCGAGGACUUGAUGCACACCCACACGCGAACAAAAGUCGAUUGGUACGCAGAUCACGCCUGCAUUGUCCUUACUCUUCAAAAGCUCGUACGACUGCAUCAGCAUAACAGCAGGAGCAGUGCCAGCAAGUGCGAUUGCCAGGGUCUUAGCGAUGCCGACAGCGACGACAUCGACGAGAAAUUCCACCAGCAUGCGCGUAACAAUCGCAGAGGGUGGUGGAACUUGUGGGGUUACAAGAAAAAGAAGCCUGAUGUGUUGCCACGGUACCUCGAUCGCAAUCGCGACGGUAGACCCGACGAGUUUGUCAGUGCUCACAGUGGCAUUUCUGAGGACACGCCGAUCAAGUCAAUACGCACGCUUCACCGGUACGAAAGUGCUCAGAUUCCUGAACAUACGGCUUGGAUGGAGAAGCACAGCGCGCUUGCUAAGGAGGAGUUGGCGGUCAGUGUGGAGCAAGUGACGAUAUUCCUGCUAUCCGACAAUUGCGUUGUUUCGUUCUUCGAGCAUUCGGCAGACGACAUCGAGGAUCCUAUCUUGGAGCGACUGGACAGCCGGGAGACGAUGCUACGACGGAGUUGUGAUGCAUCGCUAUUAACGCAAGCCAUCAUCGACGCCAUUGUCGAUUUGGCCCUUCCAGUGCGAGAUGCAUACAACAAAGCUCGCAAGGAGCUGCAGAUUGAUGCGAUGACCAACCCUAACAUCAAGACAUCGCGAGCUCUGCACAUCUUUGGCGAGGAAGUUGAUAUGCUGCAGAACCUUUUUAAGCCAAUCGUCCACCUAGUCAACUCCCUCCGAGACCACAACACCGACCCUGCCGCGAUCAGCCAGGCACCCACGGCCAUGCCUUCAGCAGAAACACUCAGACCCGACCCACCGCCACCUCCUAGUCCGAGGGCGGAAAAGACCAAACGCAAUCGCGAAGGCGCACCCAUGCUACGUAACAUGUCAGAUUUUAGAAGAAUCGCCCUGAAACGAGCGGACACGGCCACGAGCGUCACGAUCACCCCCCUCGCGCAUACCUACUUCGGCGACGUCCUGGAUCACUGUAUCACAAUGAUCUCCGCGUUGGAGCAAAUGGACGCCAGCGCCAACAACAUCUCGACCUUGAUCUUCAAUACCGUUGGAGCCAAGACGAACAACUUCAUGAUGAUCCUCGCCGUCGUCACCGUCUUCUUCGCGCCGCUGACCUUUAUCUCGGGUUACUUUGGCAUGAACUUCGCGAGCGGCUCUGGCUUGAAACAUCCCUUUGGGUUUUUCUGGGUCGUCGCGCUGCCUUCGCUCGCGGCGUUCAUGUUGCUGGUCUUCGCCACGAUGCUCUGGGAUAAUAUUGGGGAUUUCCUGGCGAAGAGGGAGGAAGACGAGGACGCGGACGCGGACGCAGACGCAGACGCAGACGCCGGUCCAGAUGUCGAAGACGUGAGAGUCAUGACUGUGGAGGAGGAGCAGGAGGACAUGCAUUGUGAUUUGAUUCCGUAG